GCAAAAAGCAAAGCAUGGAAUGGUGUAAUUACGGAUUGCGUAUUCCCUGGGACACGGUGUCGACAAUAGCUAAUACAGAUGAAUAUGCCACGGUCCUACCGUGGGAGGACCCUUAACUUCCAAGUAGGAAGUGAGCGGCUCUUUGAAGCAACCACUAUAGUGGAAAUGAGAUUGUCGUGGAUCGUCCGGUCCGCUGGAAAAACGCUCACCACUUUGCGCCUAUGCGGUCUGCUGGUGCACUGGAAACAGCAAAGUGCCACGCCAAGGCCAGCAGGCAAAGUGGGCCGGGCCGGCAGACAGGGGAGAAAGAAAACAAAUGGAGCAGCUGAGCGUGGCCUUGAAGAGCUGAGUGAGGUUGGCCAGGGGCCGACGACGAUGAUUUGCUCGCAAUGGGGAAGGAGCAGCUUGUCCACCCGUUUUUGCACCACAUGCACGAUCAGCACUCGCCAUUUCCAGUUUGGAGACAGGCGCCAUCCACUCUUAUCAGUUGGCUUACCCGAGCAGAGUCACACUGAAGGAGGCUGGAGAAUCGUCGUGCUGUUUGAGUAACAGUGAGCCAGCGCCGAGGUAGCGGCAACGACACCAGGAGCUCCAAGGGAAGGGGGCUGUUUCUCUGCCAGAUGCCCAGCCAAGUCCACCGCACAACGGUCCCAAACACCAAGGUGCUCAGAUGACGGACCAGGAAAGGGGUAGAAGAAAAAGUCGGAUGCUUCACAGUUGCCGACGGAU